CCUUUGCGCCGAUAUGACGGAGCUGAAUAGCGGGUGGUACUGUACGGCACUAGGGGGAGCGGGUUUUCUUUGCUCCAAGCCCGAAAGCUAAGAUGUUGCCCUCCCUUCAGGAGUCCGUAGAAGGGGACGAGAAGGAGCUGGAGAGCUGCGAGGAGGGGGGCGGCUUGCCGGAGGAACGGAAACCGGACCGCAGCAGCAACAGCUACUAUUGUCUGUACGGCUACCUGGGCUGCAGGGUACACCAGGGAGUAGAUAGCGAUGAUGGGAGUCCAAGCAACACAGCAGCUGAAACUCCAUCUUCUGAUGAUUUCAGUCUCUCUUUGGUGGACACUAACUUACCAGCUGAAGCAGAAACGGAACUGCGCGGUUUUAUUGCCAAACAGAUCGCAAAAGGAGCCUUUUUUGAAGGGAUGGGCAAUGUUGCAUCUGUAGAAUUGAGCAUACCAGAAAGUCCAGUUGGUUGUUAUUACUGCCUGUUCCAGCCAGAAAAAUGUGAAGAAACUGCAAACUCAGAAUCAAGCAUCACUCCGUUAGACUAUGUAAUCUGUUUUUUGGGAGGCUCAGAGAAGGGGCUUGAACUUUUCAGACUUGAGCUUGACAAAUACAUUCAAGACUUGAAGAUUAACCUAGAUCCAGAGCACAAUAACCUGGAGACUUGUGUUAAACCACACCUCAAAACCUGGUUUGAGGAUUCUGUAUGCCCUAUUCAGAGGGUAGUACAGCUCUUCCAGGAGAAACUUGACUUUGUCCUACAUGCUGCUCUGAGUUAUACUCCAGUUGAAGUCAAAGAGUCAGAUGAAAGAACAAAAAAGGACAUUAACAGCUUCCUUAGAGCUGCAAGCCUUCAAGGUCUUGUUCAGGAAGGCACAAUGACUUCUUUAUGCAUAGCAAUGACAGAGGAACUACACAGAUCAGUGAUUAUAGACUGUAGUGGACCACAGCCUCAGUUUCACAAUGCAGGAAGUAACAAAUUCUGUGAAGACUGGAUGCAGGCUUUUUUGAAUGGUUCUGAAGCGGGAAAUCCAUUUCUCUUCCGACAAAUACUGGAGAACUUUAAACUGAAGGCCAUACAAGACAUCAACAACCUGAAGCGGUUCAUCAGACAAGCAGAAAUGGACCAUUACGCUUUGUUCAAGUGCUACUUGUUUCUGAGGAACUGUGGCAGCGGAGACGUCCUCUUGAAGAUUGUGAAAGUGGAACACUCGGAAAUGCAAGAAACCAAGAAUGUAAUUGCUGUCCUUGAAGAAUUUAUGAGAGAAACGCCUAUAGCCUAAUAACACUCCCCUUUAAUAUAGGGCUAUGUUCACUUGCAGAUUUAGUGUGUAUCUAUGAGGUCAUUCACACAAUCAAAAACUGUGUCCUACCCGGGUUUAGGAGCUGUGUGUGCUCCCAGUUUUCAGUUGUGUGGAAGCAAGGUAGGAGGAAAACCUGGAUAGAAGUUAUUGUAUUGAAGGAAGGUAAGAGGAAAACCUGGGUAGCUUUUCCUCCUACCUUGCUUCCACACAACCUAAAAUUGGGAGCACACACAGCUCCCAAACCCAGGUAGAACACAGUUUUUGAUUGUGUGAAUGACCUCUAUGUGCAUUCUGUAAUUUUUGAGACAGAAACUCAAUUUUUUUUAGCCAUGUGUACACUCUGUGGAGGUCUACAGUUGACCCCAGUUCCCCAUACUCACAUCCCAGGGUCUACUGUGGGCACAUACUAUGUCGCCCUGCUGUACCAGCUGUUUUCGUAAUGUGUGAAGUGGCCUUUAAGAGGAGAAGUGUUUCAAGAUUUUUAACAUUGUCAUUGUGUAAUAGAAUUCACUCUUUAGGAAAACUGGAAUGAACUGACUUUUAAUUUCUAAUCAUUACAUUUUGCACAAACUCUUCUGUUAACUUUUAGGGCAUUCUUUGGGGGAAAAUGAUUCCUUUUCUUCUUCAUGCUUUGGGGAUUGGAGGAUAUGUAGUCUGUGUUUUCCACACUGCACCAAGUGAUGCCUUCAUACUGUAUUUGUGUUUUAAGUAUUUUCUUAACAUGCAAAAGCUGCCACAGUGGAUCAUGCUUCAACAUUCUGAUCAGGUUUAAGGACACAUGUUCCUAUGAAAUAAUUGUUGAAAUAAUUGUUGAAAGAAGAUUAAAAAUAGUAUAUCAAACCUCUUACAAUUAAGCACCAUGAAAGCUUUCUUGGCUAAGCCUAUCUUCUUUUCGCUUGGUACUUGCUUGCACAUCAUGAAUUAGUAAUGGAUUCAGGGUUACUCUCUCUGUUGUAGUGAGUGAAUAAAUUUGCUUUCUGUUGCAACUGUGGCUGCAAGCCAGAGGGCCAAGUGCACGGCAUCUGCACUGCAUGUAAGCCUGCUUUCCCCCGAGAUUAACUCUUAGCACCUGCUCCCUUCAAACUGUUUCUGUGAGUUUACAAAGCAGGUUGGGGAGCUAUAAUGUGAGAGCCCUUUAAGAUGAAAUAUGGGGUUGCAGAUUUCAUAAUUUCCCAUCCACCUAAACUGUUUUAAAUACUGUUUUAAAUACCAAUCUGAUAUUUGGUAGGGGAAGGUAGAAUGAGUCUCCAGCCCCCCCCCCCGAACAGCUGAUCAGUAAGAGUAGUGCUUCUUAAAAAGCACGACUUGUGCAGUUUUGCUGAUGGACUGUGCUGGGAGAUCAUACCUGCCCAGUUCAUUUGGGCACAAUUUUUCACCCAGCUAAGGAUAUGUGUUGAGAAAAGUGCUUCUGUACAUGUAUAAUCCCUGGUUGGAUUGGGGCACAUUUCUGGUUUUGGCCAGAUGUAUCUGCUUCCAUUUUGAAUUUGUCUGUAUCCUGUAUAGUGAAGAAAUGUUUAUCAGGUGCUUUUCACUUGUCUUAAAAAUAUGAUCUGUUCUAAUGAUAAUCCAGGAUGGAGCUCAGUCCAGCAAAAAAUGUUUCAAUAGCUUCAGUUCAAAGAUUCUUAAGUUCAACGGUGGCUAUAUACCCAUGUGUCUGUAUGCACAGUCAGCUUUGGCAGCACCAUUCACCGGGGUGGGGGUGGGGGAAAGGGAGGCUGGAUUCUAUGGCACAGACAGGUGACUGGUGCCGUCAGGUUACCUGCACUAAUCAUCUAUUAGGAGAUAGAAGUACAGAUCUGAUUUGGACUGGGGAACUACAGGUACAGCCCUGGGCUAGGGAUGUAGGUUUUAUAUUCUACACAUCCCUCUUUUGUAUACAUUCAAGUCUUGACACAGCAAAAAGAUCUGUAUGUACCUGCUUGCUUUUGCUCUGCUAGAUUGUAGCCGAAAAACCAAAAACACAAGAGGGUCAAGCAAUUGAUGAACCCAGCAUUCAGAUUAAAUGAUACUUGUGUCAAAAUUGUUAAUUACUUAUUGUUCCAUUUGUUAAGCAUGACACACAUCCCUUGACAUUAUUUUGCUUUUUCAUGUUUAGAAUAACUAUCUCAUUUAAAAAAAAAAAAUGAAAGAAGCUGAAUAGCAAUUCUUUAAUGGAGUCUGUGCACAAGUAAUUGUUAGAACAAAACUAUACAGUAUGUAUUGUACACAAUAGAAAAAUAUUUGGACAUUUAUUACAGCAUGCUACUUUGCAAGUACUGUGUUUGCUCUACUAGCCCUUGAUGAGAAAGCAUAUUCCAUUCAGCAUUUUUAAGGCAAAAUUACAUCAUUUGGUGCUAUAACAGUUAACCAUGGAAGGAAGCCCUAACCGCGUAAGCAUAGAAAGAAAAGCUUCACAAAUCUAGCUUUAGUUGUAAACUUAACAGACACUGUGGGGAGUCAGGACACAUUCAGUGACUACUAGUACACUUAUUAAACUUGGUGAAAAUUAAUGUAUUUUUGCUGCAUAAAAUUCAGCCUGUGGAAUUCUGUCUUGUGAAGUGCUCUGUGAUAUAAGUUUGUACUCUGUUUUGAGAUUCUGAAGAACCUCAUUCUGGAGCAUUCCUCAAUUAAAAACCAGUGAUUAAUUGUAUUAAAAUGCAUUUACCUUCAA